UUAUCGGUCGUUUGUUGUGAAAUUUGUUUUUUAUUUUAGAUCUAGUCAAUCUAGAUCUACUUAAGCUUAAAUGACUUAAUCAUUAAUUCUUAAUGUGUCUUAAUGAACUUAAUAUCUGACAUUCUGUCAACUGUUGAUCUACAAUAAUCAACUGAUGAUCUACAUAUACUUCAUACAGACAUAGAUCUAGAUCUACAAGUUCAAGCCAAGAAUGAAGAAGUACAUCUAACAGAUCUCAUCACCUAGUUAUAUUAUAUAGAUUAGACUUAGACUCUAUUUUUUUUGUUUUCCAAGUUCCUGAAGAGACUCUUGUAUCAUGAAGGAAAUAAUCUAGAUUUAUAUAUAUCAUCUUGUUAAUAGUUAAUGAUGGAAAGAUCAAAAGAGGAGAUGCAGAAAAGGUUGACAGAAUUAAAAAAAGAAUUUGCCAGAAAACAAAAAAAACUAGAGAAAUCAAAACGUGCUGCGACAAUAAGAGCUCAUGUGAAACAAAAAGUUCUGGAGAUUAACGCAAUAGAUCAUUAUAGCUCUAAUGAAUCACACAAAGAAAUUGUUACUGGAGCAUUAGACAAUGCUCAACCUUUAUACGAGAACAACAAAAUUAAAAAUGUACCUUUUUUUUUGGACAAUCAUUUUUUACCAAAAGCUUCAUCUAAACAAAAGGUUGAUGGUAUUUCCCCUCCUAAUUCUGUAAGUUUUCUUAACUCACAUAUUCAAGACUCCAAUGUCAACUUAAUGAAAUCAAAAAGAGAUAAUAAAAUCUCGAGUGAGUUUGCACAAAUAGCUCUAGACAUUAAAAAAAAAGAGAAUGUAAAGAAUGAUAGUGAGGAACCACUGAACAAAUCAAUGAAAUCUAUAAACAAGCAUUUAGCUUCUUUAAGACAAGACUCUCAUGUUUCAUCUGACUUAGAACUAAGUAAAUGCUCAACAAAUUUGUUACCUCAUUCAUCAGCUGAAACAAUCCUAAAGACAAAUGAUGAACAACAGAUUAACAUAAAGGAUCUCAAAUGUGAACUUGUUUCCUCAAUAGAUUUGGUUAAACACCAAAAUAAGGAUAAAAAGGACAAACCUUUAUUUCAGUCCACUCUAAAGUCCAACAAGACAGAGUCACUCCAUGUUCUUGUUCAUUCAUUGGAAAGACUAAUUGAAGACUCACCCAGCCCAAUAACACACAGUUCUGAAAAUAGUGUUGCAGAGUCACAACGGUUUCUUGAACAUUCUCCAUCAUGCUCAGUGGACAUUGAGAGAAAAAGAAAACGAGUUCACAGUGAAUCAAGCAACAAAGCUAACAGGUUAUCUGGCUCGUCCACAGUUCAAAAGGCAACAGAACUCGUCACAUCAUCUAUUGGUUUAUCUAAAGAUGAUGACAUUGUCAGACUUGUGACACAAUCAGAUCCCAGGCAGGCAGACACUGUGAGUGACUCUGAAUUUUUAGAUAUUUUAGGCAUAACUGAAACGAAGAAUGCCGACAACUUGUCUGAGGUAGUAAACCCUAUCAACACACAUCAAAAAUCUUCAGUGUCACUAGCUCCUUCAGAAAACCAACAAAGUUCAAGUUGCAGCAACAUGCAAUCUUGUUUACAACAACCAGAAGUGAACAAACUUUUACCAGUGACCACAAAUAGGUCAAUGUUCUUGGACUUUACAGAACUUGAUGUUAUUCCAUACACUAAACUUGAACUUGAAGAAGAUUUUCUUUCUGAAGAGUCCCAAGAUUCAAAACCUCCAAUCUGUGCAGUAUUGAGUAAACAACAAUUAAGUCAUUCAUCAAAGGUUGGGGCAUUAGUAAAGCGUAGAUCACCUAGACUAUCAGUAUUUCAAUCACUUUCACAGUCAAUUUCUUCACAAAAUAAUAAAUAUUACAUAGCGAAGUCCAAGAAAAAUUUAUCUCAACAAGAAAAAGUUGCAGCUGUCAUGUCAGUUUUUCAAUUUCUGAAAGAAGAAGCCUCUAAACCAAAUUAUGUGUCAGAUUUUGAAUUACCCAAGUAUUUUUUUAAGCACAAAGAAACGAGACAUUACUGUUACCAAACUGAUCAAUCCAAUUCAUCAUCUAUUCAAUCCUCAGAAGUGAACUCUGAUACCAGUAUUAAUACUAGGUAUGGAAGUAUCAGAGAAGAAAGUCAAAAGUCUAAUGAAUGUUGUGUUAAUAGUUCAGAACUAAUGGAGAAUAAACAAAAUGUCUCAAUGCAACAUAACAGAGACAUUGUCUGUGAAAAGUUAUGUCAUUCUAAUAAUGUACUUGAUAAGAAUAAUUGUGUGAUACUAAACAGUGAAUUAAAUAUUGCUAGCUUGUCAGGCCAUAUGGCUGAUAGCAGUAUGAUCCCAUCAAAACCUUUACAAAACUGUCUACCAAAUCAGCUAUCUUCAUUCACAAAUAACCUUAGAGACCAUGCUGAUGUGCUUAUUAGUCCACUAAGUCCCAUAACUCACAUAGUUGCAGAAGAGAUAUUUAAUGAAACACCUGAGCAUCAUAGCUAUCAGAAAACAAAUGUAAUAAAAGAAUCCCCAUUGCCAGAGAACAAAAAGCAGUCCAUACCUCAAGAUUUAACUCCACUGCUAACUACAUCAACGCCAAAAGCCCUAAAAGCUAAAUCAUUUUUCCCCAACAGUUCUUUGACUGACACACUUGAGAAAUCCGACAUUUUGUUUGAAGAUGAUCAUCAAGUUAUUUCUGAAGUAGAGUCACCAGUUUCAACAUCUAAAACAUUAUUAAGUGUUACAUAUGUAACUGACAGUGAAUGUAACAAUGCUAACACAAGCACCUGUCUUCAUCAAAACACACAAAGUUCUCUUAAUCCAAAAAAUAUAUCACAAGCUAUUUUCCAAUCUCCGGGCCAGGCCAUUGUCAAUGUCAGUUCUGCUAGUUGUUCACAAGGUCGUUCACCAAUGCAGCUCAUUGAGCCUUGGAGAAAAUAUGAGAGGACACCUGUAACCCCGUUGCAGGUCUUGGAGGAUCCAAGCUAUGAUGGCAACCAAAGUCCAGUUGUUUAUCUGGCUGCUAGGAGACUCUCAAGAUCUCAGUCCACUGAAAAUGAGCCUAAAACUUUGAAGUUUUCAGGAUGUUUUCAGUCCUGCUCCCAAGAUGCUGUUGUCAAUAUACUUUCUGGCUCUCUGGUGACAAAAAGCAAGGAAAUAGUCCAGUAUUUGGUCAGUGUACAAGCAACAUCUUUAACUGUUUGGACCAAGGAUGACCACUUUGGAUGGACCACAGAAUUAGAUUGGAGACUUCCUUUAGACAAUCAUCUAAUUCAAGCUGAGUUGUUACCUGCUUCUGAUAGAGUUGUUAUUGUUGCUUGUGGCUGGUCUAAGUUGCAACUGUUUGUCAGCCUGUUUGUUUAUGACAGUGAUACCCAGGAUACGAAGAGAUUCAACAUUGAAGUUUCACAACUUUCAGACAGCAUAAGGUCUCCUACCAAUGCAAUGUUGACAGUUGUGUCAGACUCUGUGAUCCUACUCGGUUUUACAAAGGACAUAGGUCACGUUCUGGCUAAAGUGAAUUUCUUUGAUGACUUCUGUAAGGAAAAGAUGUCUUGCUUUCAGAAGCAGCGUGGGCAGCUUCUGGAUGUUGUUACAGUUCAACACCAGAGGUCAUCAUGUAUUAGUCUUUCAGCCAAUCAAAACAUAACAAUUUGGAACACAAACAGUGGUAUUGCCAUCAAAACAAUUCAGUUACCAGCCAGUGUUCCAUGUUUAACUAAACUUCUCAAGGCAAAAACUUGUCAAGGAACUGUAUUUCUUGAAACUAUGUGGAGAGUAGAUAUAGGGUGUGGGGGACUCCUUGCUGUUAAUCCCUGCAAUGGUUCAAUUAGACUGAUCAAAACUUAUAAUGUGCCUAACAACAGCUGGAAAAGUACUAUGAGUGCCAAACAAGAGGUAGGACUAGUGGUAGCUUUAAGUGAUACAGGCUCUUUCUGUCUCUGGAAGUGUCAAAAUGGAAAGCUAGUAUGUCAUUCCAAGUCUCAUACAACAACAGCGCUGUCUGUCAUGAAGUCUGAGCAAAGUUUAUUAGUUGGAGAAAUUCAUGGUUGUGUUCAUCUGUACAAAAUGUCUAUGUGAUUGUGCCUGGAAACUGAAGGAAUUGUUCAUUACUGUUACAUGAAAAUAAAAUGUUGCUUAUUUGA